AUUUAAGACCGUACAGAACUUGCAAUGCUGAUAGAAUAAUUGUUAGGCAAAUGGUUAACGAACUUUUAGAAGCUCAGAUAAUCCAAGAAAGUAAAUCGGCAUAUGCGAGUCCGGCUCUGCUUGUAAAUAAAAAAAAUGGAGAAAAGAGACUUUGCAUUGAUUAUCGGGCACUUAAUAAACUAACGAUUAAAGAUAAGUACCCAAUGCCACGAAUUGAAGACCUAAUUGAUCGGCUUCAUGGGUGUACGUUUUUUACGAACCUCGAUUUAAAAAGCGGAUACUACCAAAUUAAAAUGUCUGAAGAAUCUAUUCAUAAGACCGCGUUUAUAACCGAAGAUGGGCAUUACGAAUUCUUACGUUUACCGUUUGGGUUGGCUAAUGCUCCGUCAUGUUUCCAACAAAUGAUGGAUAAGGUCGUAGGUAACAUGAGAUUUGGUAACAUAAUUAAUUAUUUAGAUGAUAUACUGAUUGUAAGUGAAACCGCCGAGGAAAACUUAGUUCUCCUCGAAAAGGUGUUGUACAUUUUCAAAGAAAAUGGACUGACACUUAAUCUAAAAAAGUGUAAUUUUCUCAAAAAAGAAAUAGAAUUUUUGGGCUAUAGAGUGAAUUCCGAAGGCGUAAAACCUAGUGAAACUAAAGUUAGGGCAGUAAACGAAUUCCCAACCCCAAAGACUGUGCAUCAACUACGCCAGUUCCUUGGUCUUAUCAGCUAUUUCCGGAAAUUUAUCAAAAAUUGCGCCGUGGUCUGUAGUCCACUCACUAAAUUAUUAAAAAAGGAUACUGCAUGGCGGUGGACCUCCGAGCAUGAUAGUGUUUUUUCAACCUUAAAAAUGACUUUGACCUCUGAAGGAAUACUAGUACUAUUUGACCCCAAUAAAGAGAACGUCUUGUACACUGACGCAAGCAGAGACGGGAUCGCCGGUAUAUUAAUGCAAGUUACAGAACAAGGCGAAAAACCCGUUCAUUAUUACAGCCGGCAAACUACCGAGGAUGAAAAGAAAUAUCAUUCGUUCGAACUAGAAUUACUAGCUAUUGUACAAUCUCUACAAAAGUUUAGACAUUACUUACUUGGUACGCAUUUCCGUAUUGUAACUGACUGUAACGCGGUACGCUACGCAUUAACAAAGAAAGAUAUUAUCCCCCGGAUAUCUCGCUGGGUUUUAUCAACUCAAGAGUAUACGUUUGAUGUCAUUCAUAGAGAGGGUAGCAGAAUGCAACAUGUCGAUGCUCUUAGCAGAAAUCCGUUAGAAUCUGGUCAGAAAUCAGAAAGUGAGGUAGUUAUGUCGAUUACAGAAGCCGAUUGGUUGCUUUCCGUCCAAUUACAAGACCCUCAAUUGGUGAUUAUAAGGGGAGCUUUAGUAUCGGGGGAAGGGAACAAACACAGGGAAAUAUUUGAUAAAUAUGAACUUCUUGGGAAUAAAGUUUAUCGACGCACUACUCGAGGUCGACGAUGGGUGGUUCCCAAGAAGUGCAUAUGGCAAAUAAUCAGAUGCAACCACGACGAUCUUGGUCAUUUUUCGGUUGACAAGACGGUUGAAAGAAUAGCGUCUAGGUAUUGGUUUGCACGGAUGCGUCACAUAGUCAAAAAGUACAUUAAAAAUUGUAUUAAUUGCGUUUACUAUAAAACCAAGGGUGGAUCGAAGGAAGGAGAGUUACAUUCAAUUCCAAAAUAUGCCCAACCGUUCCAUACCUUGCAUUUGGAUCAUUUAGGGCCCUUUAUCGUUACUAAAAACAAUCACAAGUAUUUGUUGGUUAUGGUAGACGCGUUCACCAAAUUUGUGUUUAUUUCAGCAGUACCUAAUACUGAGUGCAGUAGUGUAUUAAACGAAUUAGAAAAUGUUUCAAAAAUAUUCGGAAAUCCUCGGAGGCUUAUUACGGAUGCUGGAUCGGCCUUCACGUCCAAAAUGUUUCUAGAUUACUGCUUAUCUAAGAAUAUUAGGCUUCACACGAUUGCCACGGGCAUGCCACGUUCAAACGGGCAAGCUGAAAGGUUUAAUAAGACUAUAUUGGAGGCCAUGAAAACUAUGGGGGCUAAUUUAGACGAAGAUUGCUGGGAUGAGUGCAUAACUCAGUUACAGCAAGGAAUUAAUAGUAGUUAUCAAAAAACAAUAAAAGCAGUUCCUUGUGAGGUGUUAUUGGGGUAUAGGCUACGUACUGAUGGGGAUAGUUUAGGACCCGGACUUGAGAGUGGUAAUGAACAUACUAUAGACGUGACCAAAUUACGAAAAGAUGCGGCUGAGAAUAUAAAUAUUAAUGCCAUAUCUCAGAAACAAAGAUUCGAUCGAAACCGCAUAAAAGCCAAAACAUAUAAUGAGGGAGACUUAGUAUUGGUAAAAAUACAAAGCCAAACCAAUGAUGGACGGAGUAGGAAGUUACUACCAGCAUUCAAGGGUCCGUUCCAAAUAGGAAAGUGUUUGGGGCGAGAUAGGUAUCAAAUCAGUGACAUGAGAGGCAGUGAGAGAUGCAAUAAGAAAUAUGAUGGAGUGGCCGCUGCGGAAAAUAUUAAACCGUGGAUCAGAAUUGAUGAUUGGUGCAUUGAUUAAAAUGGAUCCUAAACAAGUAACAUGCGUGUUGGCAAAAUUGAAUACGUCCUUCAUAGUACAAAUAAGUGAUGGGAACCUACUGGACUUUACUACGUGCCUGGGGACAUGCACGGUGCAGGAGGGCCGUGUUGGCAACCCCGAUGACGUAAGCGGCGCCACGGCGGCGGCGCUGGAGUCAAGAGGGCGCGGGCGCGAAGAAAAAGAUUAUUGUGGGGUAGAUUCCGGCGCAAGCGCAGUGUUUUAAGUUGUAUCGAUAGUUUUGUUACAUAUUGAAUUUGUUUAACUGUAUUUGUUUCGUUUAAAUGAGUGAUUAAGUAUUUCAAACGUUGUCUCAUUUAACUGCCUAAUUAAUUCAUAUUGAGGUUGCGUGCUGUGG